GCCGCUAGAUUGAAAAUGUCGUCGAAAGUCGAAUUUUACUGUUUUCUGUUUUGCUUGCUUUUGAAGUUCUAGAAUCGUAGAAUGUGUAGAAGUACGUUUGAUUUCCAUUAACGUUAUUAAUUCUUGUUAAAUUUCAGGAAGUUCAAAAUUAUAGUUGUUCUUUGCUCUCGCAAUUACAUUUUUACGCAUUUUUAUAAUCUUCUUAAUAUCUCACGAUGGAUUUACCAUUUCGUGCGGAAUACGCUAAGAGUGGUCGUGCUGCUUGUAAAGGAUGCAAGACUCCUAUUUCUAAAGACACGCUGAGAUUAGCUGUUAUGGUUCAGUCGCCCAUGUUUGACGGAAAAGUUCCGCAUUGGUAUCACGUUUCUUGUUUCUUCGCUAAACAGCGUGUUAAAAGUGUUGGAGAUGUAUCGCAUUUCGAAUCGCUGAGAUGGGAGGACCAAGAAUUGAUCAGAUCUAAAGUGGCUGGAGGUCCUUCUGGAUCAAGUAGUGGAGUUAGUAAUGGAACGUCUGCUGGCGGGAGUGCGAAGAAAGCAUCUAAACGGAAAGGAAAAAGUGGUUUGGCAGAUUUCUCUAUCGAAUACUCAAAGUCCAGUCGUGCGACUUGUCGUGGUUGUGAAGAUAAAAUUGUCAAAGAAGAAAUCAGAGUUUCUAAAAAAGACUUCGAUAGUGAUGAAGGAAGACGUUACGGUGGUAUUGAUUUGUGGCACCAUUUGGAAUGUUUCUCAAAAGUUAGACAAGAACUUGAAUUUUGGGAUUCCGGGCCCAAACUUCCUGGUUACAAGACGUUAAAAAAAGAAGAUCAAGAUAAAGUCAAGAAAAUGUUACCUCAGAUGGAACCAAUUAAAGUUAAAAAAGAAGAAUCUGAUGUCGACGGAGUAGAACCGCCCAAAAAACCAAAAAUUGAAAGCGAUAAUGUUAUGAAACAACAGAAUCAAAUGAUGUUUUAUUACCGCGAUCAUUUGAAAUUACUUCAAAAAAAACAUUUGACUGCUUUACUGGAAUAUAACAAUCAACAAGUUCCUGCGGGUACCGAAAGUAUGUGUGAUAGAUUAGCUGAUGCGAUGACGUUCGGGGCAUUACUUCAUUGCAAAGAAUGUAGACAUGGUCAAAUAGUGUUUCGUUCCGGUGUUGGAUAUUUCUGUUUGGGCAAUAAGGACGAAUGGGUAAAGUGUGAAGCAGUUACAGAUGACCCCAAACGAAAACCUUUUCGAGUACCAGACGACUUGAAAGAGAAAUUUGAAUUUUUAGCGUCGUACAAAUAUAAACCUCAGAAAAGAAUUUUUCAAUCUAAUCAACCUACUGUGUCGAAUGCUAGUGUACUCAGCGGCGCUUAUGCUGGCAAAAGCAUGAAAAGUGAACCAUCUACGUCUGGACCAAGAGUGAUUCGCGAUUUACCACUUAAGAAUAUAGAAGUAGCUUCACUUGGAAAAUUACCGUUGAAUAAAGAAGAAUUGAAGUUGAAAGUUAUGAAAUUAGGCGGAAAGUUGGCGUCUAAAAUUACCGAUCAAACAACUGUUAUUAUCGCUCCACCUGAUGUAUUUAAAGGCUCUUCGAAAUUUUUAAAAGUGGCCGAAGAAAAUGGAAUUCAGAUAGUUCCUUUCGAAUUUUUAGAAGAAUGUGAUAAACCAGGAGCAAAUGGUAUUUUGAAUAUCAACAAGAUGAAUUUAGCGACUUGGGGUUCCGAUCCUUCUAAUCGUAUGAAUUUUGAUGUAGUCGACUCGAAAUCGAAAUCGAAAUCUCUCAGCUUUAGUAGUGGCAAGUACAAGUCGAAUCUCCCGUCUAAAGUAAAGCUUAAAGUUCAAGAUGGUGUGGCCGUUGAUCCAGUCUCUGGAUUGGAGGAUGUAGCCCAUGUGUACCGUUUCAACAAAGACAUCUAUACCACUGUACUAUCUCUAGUUGACCUACAAUCCGGACGUAACUCUUACUACAAACUUCAAGUUUUGGAAUCUAAUGAUAAAAAAACGUAUUGGUUGUUCCGUUCUUGGGGACGUGUUGGUACUGAUAUCGGAGGCAAUAAACUCGAACAUAAGGCUAGUAGAGAAGAUGCCAUCACCGAAUUCGAGGCGUUGUUCGAAGAUAAAACCGCCAACAUGUGGAGAAACCGUGCUAAUUUCGUUAAAGUUCCGGGUAAAAUGAAUUGGGUUGAUAUUUCAUACGAUGAUGAAUCAAUCGAUAAGUCGACGUUGUCCGCAGUACCUUCUAAACUUCCGCAGCCUGUUCAAAAUUUAAUCACUCUCAUAUUCAACGUAGAUACUAUGAAAAACGUCAUGUUAGAAUUCGAGCUAGAUAUGGAGAAAAUGCCCCUGGGUAAACUGAGUAAAAAACAGAUGAAGAAAGCUUUCGAAGUGCUGACCGAACUGCAAAAUUGUAUCUCAGCAUCUGGUGAUAAAAUGAGUAACCAGAAGAUAUUGGGUUUAACUAACCAAUUUUAUACUCUGAUUCCGCAUAGUUUCGGUAUUGAUAAUCCGCCAUUGCUUAAUGACCUGGAUACUAUAAAACAAAAAGAUGAAAUGUUGAGUGCGUUAAUGGAAAUCGAAAUUGCGUACUCGAUGCUCAGAGAUGUGGACUCUGACAACAAAGAUGUUCACGCUAUCGAUUCGUAUUAUUUAAAAUUGAAAGCAGAUAUCAGUCCUUUGAACAAAACUGAUCAGGAAUUUCAAACGCUUCAAUUAUAUGUUCAAAAUACUCACGCCGAAACUCAUCGCAAUUACGAUCUCGAGAUCAUGGAAAUUUAUAAAGUCGAAAGACAAGGAGAACAUAAGCGAUACAAACCAUUCAAAAAAUUACAUAACAGGAAGCUAUUGUGGCACGGUUCCAGACUUACCAACUUCGCCGGUAUCCUAUCUCAGGGUCUUCGUAUUGCACCUCCCGAAGCACCAGUGACUGGUUAUAUGUUCGGUAAAGGUAUCUACUUCGCUGAUAUGGUGUCGAAAUCGGCGAAUUAUUGUAUGACCAACUACACAAACAAUACUGGUAUGGUAUUAUUAUGCGAAGUUGCACUUGGAGAUAUGCACGAACUUACUCAUGCCCAAGAUAUAAAGAAGCCCCCCGCAGGUAAGCACAGCGUCAAAGGAUUGGGUAUAACAGAACCUGCUGCUCAUCAAUCCGUUGUUCGAGAAGAUGGAGUUGAAAUACCAUUGGGUAAAGGAAUUCACACCGGUCGACAGACGUCGUUGUUGUACAACGAAUACAUUGUGUAUGAUGUCGCUCAAGUCAAGGUGGAAUAUUUAGUACAGCUGAAGUUCCUUCACAAGUGAUUUUCAAAGGACUGACGAAAGUUUUAUUUGUUUUGUGAGUUUUUCGUUUGUAUUUCGUUACAAUUAUUUCGUUCGUAUUCCAUUGUUUAUUGUUAAUUUUAUUCUUUAUUAUUACAAAUUACAUUUACUCGAUAUUAUCGUUAAGUCAUCAUUCACAAUUGUAACUGAAGUUUCCUUUUUGUAUUUUGAUUUCGAAUUAAAGCGUUUUUUUAAUGAA